AUGAAAGUAAAUUCAACAACAGAAAUAAUAAAAUCAUUAUUAGAAUGUUUAUCAAAAGAAAUUAGUAAUGGAGAGGAUGAGGAUACAAUGAUUACAGAUAUCACAGAAUUAUUUAACCUUUCAAAAGAAUUUGAUGUUAGAAAAGAAAUAUCAAAUAAACAUAAUGAAUUUUUAAAUAUCUUAAUGAAUUAUAUAAUAAAGUCAACAACAGCAAAUGGUGAUAAUAAUGAAAAAUUAUUUAAAUUCAAUUUAACAUCAAUUAGAUUUUUAAGAAACUUAUGCGCAAAUGUUUCAGAGAAUCAAAAUAUUAUAAUUUCAAAUUCAAAUUUUAUAAAUUUCAUAAUAAAUCAACUAAUAAAUGAAAAUAAUAAUAUUAAAAUAACUCUUAAUAAAAAAAAUAUCCUAACAUCAUUAUAUCAAUUAUUAAUUAAUGGUAUUGUUUUAAAUGAUAAAACUCAAUCUUUAUUAUGGUCAAAUAUCUAUCCAAAUAAUUUAAUAAUAUUAAUUGAAAAAUAUAAAGAUAAUGAUGAAUUUAAAUUAUUACCAACCAAUUUAAUGUUAAUUUAUAAUUGUAUAUUAAAUAGUAAAGAUAGAAUGAAAGAUUUAGUUUGUAAUAAAAGAUUAGUUCAAUUAAUUAUAGAGUUAAUUAAAGAAGAUGAUACAUUCGAUCACGAAUAUAAUACUCAAAAUUUUCAUUGGAUUCAUUUAAUUUCCAAAAGUUUAUUUAUCAAUGAUUUAUUCAUUGAUUUAUAUAAAUCAUUAUCAGAUAAUAAAUAUUCAACUGAAUUAGUUAAAUCAACAACUGAAUCAACAACUGAAUCAACAACAACAGAAUCUACAGAUUCAACAACAGAUUCAACAACAACAACAACAACAGGUAAAACAAAUAAAAAUCAAGUUAAAUUAUUAAAUCUUUUAGAUUCAAUUAUACAUGAUGGUGAUAAGAAGAAUAUUAAAGAAUAUAUUGAAAAAGAUUCAAUAAUUGAUUUAAAGACUUGUUAUUUCAUGAUUGAUGAAUUGGCAAGUUUAUAUAAUUUAGACUUCGCUCGUAAAGAUUUAAAAGUUGAAACUCAACAAUUGACAACAAGUUUAAAUCAAUCAGAUUUCGAUGCAAUCUUUUUCUUUAUUAAAAUAUUUGCAAAUAUUACAUCAUACACUGAAGAGAUGUUAUCAUUAUCAUUAUCAAUAUUUAAACCAAACCAAAUACCAACUAAACAACAAGAGGGGGAAGAGGAUCCAGUUAAUCAAAUUCUAAAUGAUCCAUUCUCAAAGGAUAGUGCAAUUGAUCCAUCUGCUUCUAAAAAAUUCGAUUUAAAUACUUUAUUAAGAAAAAAAGGUUUAGUUGCUAUUUGUAUUGGUUCUUUACAUGGUAAUUAUGGUAGUGAUACAAACAAAUCAUCAUCAUCAUCAUCAUCAUCAUCAUCAUCAACAACAACAGAUGGUGAAACUGUAACAUCAAAAGGGUUUAAUAAAAAUAUUGAAUCACAAGAUAAAGGUUUCAAAAUUGAACUCAUUCGUAUUUUAGGUAAUUUAUCUUACAAAAAUAGAGGUAAUCAAGAUGAAAUUCGUGAAUUAGGUGGUAUUGAAAUCAUUUUAAAUCAUUGUCGUUUUGAUGUUAAUAAUCCAUAUAUUAAAGAAUGGUCAGUAUUUGCAAUUAGAAAUCUUUGUGAAGAUAAUGUAGAGAAUCAAAAUUUAAUUGAAAGUUUGAAAGUUAAAGGUGUUGCAAAUAAUGAUGAACUUAAAGAUUUAGGUCUUGAGGUUGGUGUAACUGAAAAUGGUACAAUUAAAUUUAAAAAUGUACCAAAAAAAGAAAAAGAAAAUAAUCAAUAA